AAUAUGAGGCUUCACGAGCUGCCGUCAUCACACGGCACAUGGAAAUUUCCACUCAGUCUCCUUGCUUGUUAAAUGGGAAGGGUCUCCAUCUCUUGUUUCCACACGAGUCCUCCUCCUCCUCUUGCUGCUACUUGCAACUGCCUUCCACUUUUACUGGGAUCACAUAGUAUCGGGGAAAAUCAUCCCAGGAGAAGUUCAAGGACCACAUUGCUGCUAAAGUGAGCAUUCGAAAACGCAUUCCGUUGUGAACAACUAUGCCGGGAGUGGUGGAUCGGAUGGAGCUUAGGAAAGUCGCCGCGGAGGCUGACGACGACAGCACGGACAGUUUGGACGACCGUUUCACUGAGACCAUCGAUUCCGAAAAGGCCACCAUCAACAGUCAGUACCUGGAUGACAUCGACGAUGGAGAGAGCCAGAAGUUCCUGACCAACGGGAUGAUGAAGAAGAAGAAAUAUGAAGAGUACCAUGAAGAAUAUCAUCCGGGCCAUACAUCCUUUGGAAUGUCAGUAUUUAACUUAAGCAAUGCCAUAAUGGGCAGCGGGAUCCUGGGCCUGUCCUACGCCAUGGCCAACACAGGGAUUAUACUGUUUACACUCCUCCUCAUUGCUGUUGCCAUCCUCUCCUUGUAUUCUGUGCAUCUGCUCCUUAUGACAGCUAAAGAAGGAGGAUCCCUCAUCUAUGAGAAACUGGGAGAAAGGGCAUUUGGUUGGCCUGGCAAAAUAGCAGCGUUCGGAUCCAUUAUAAUGCAAAACAUAGGAGCCAUGUCUAGCUACCUCUUUAUUGUGAAAUAUGAACUGCCGGAAGUGAUUCGGGCAUUCUUGGGUUUAGAAGAAAGUACUGGCGAAUGGUACCUGAAUGGAAACUACCUGGUGAUAUUUGUGUCCAUUGGAAUUAUUUUCCCCUUGUCGCUGCUUAAAAACCUGGGUUAUCUGGGCUACACGAGUGGUUUUUCUCUUUCCUGCAUGGUGUUCUUCCUGGGAGUCGUGAUCUACAAGAAAACCCAGCUACCAUGCCCUCUUCCGUUUCUGGACCACCCGUCGGCCAACCUAAGCACGAACGCCUCACACAUGCCGGGCGUGUAUGCGUUACACAACCGUUCGGAGCAGAUGGACUUCUCCCGAGCGGACGUGUCUCCGGCUGUAACGGACACCAACGCCGCUCACGCCUCCGCCGGCGUCCACGUCGAGCCGCACCGCGACGACGAGGACAUGUGCACGCCCAAAUACUUCAUCUUCAACUCACAGACGGCGUACACCGUGCCCAUCCUGGCCUUUGCCUUUGUGUGCCACCCUGAGGUGCUGCCCAUCUACAGUGAGCUGAAAGAUCGCAGCAGGAAGAAGAUGCAGAAUGUCUCCAACCUGUCCAUCUUGGCUAUGCUCAUCAUGUACAUGAUGUCAGCACUAUUCGGCUACCUCACCUUUUAUGAAAAUGUGGAGGCGGAGCUGCUUCACACGUUCACCAAGGUUUACAAGUUUGACACGCUGCUACAACUGGUGCGUUUGGCUGUCCUCACUGCAGUCACGCUGACUGUCCCCAUUGUGCUCUUCCCUAUCCGUUCCUCCAUCACUACCUUGCUGUUCAGUGGCCGAAGUUUCAGCUGGCCUCGCCACAUGAUCAUCGCCGCCUGCAUCUUGUUCUUCAACAACAUGCUAGUCAUCUUUGUCCCGACCAUCAGAGACAUUUUUGGCUUCAUUGGUUCGUCGGCAGCCACCAUGCUCAUCUUUAUCCUCCCUGCCGCCUUUUACCUCCGCCUGGUGAAGACGGUACCGCUUCGCUCCCCUCAGAAGAUCGGGGCGGCCGUCUUUCUGGUCGUGGGAAUCGUCUUCAUGAUUGGCAGCCUGUCACUCAUAGUUCUCGACUGGAUCCAUAAUCCACCAGGUUCCAGCGGGGGGCACUAAGCACACCCCGUCUCCGACCUCCCUGGAGCAACAUCUGGGAAGACGCCUCAGUCCCUCCUUAAGCAUAGAUUUACCACAAUAGCUGGACAUAUCAAGAUGUUCUUCAGACUUUUCAAAUGAGUUUUGCUGUAUUUUUGUAGGUUUUUCUUUUUAAAAAAGCUCUGGAAGUGCGAGAGGCAAGCAGACGCUCGAAAGCAUCAUCGUCACUGCUAUUUCCGAGCCGCGAAGAGUUUGAACGAACACACAUUUGUCACCUCCCAAACGGCCUUGCGCAGGGCGGCGAAGGCGAGCCCGUUGUUGCGCACUAAAAUGUGACAUUUGGGGUCGGAGUCUGCGGCCCUCCCGGAAAACACGGAGCACUUCUUUUGCAUCACUUUGUGGCGUAUGACUAACACAUGUACACUCGCAGCCAGUCAGUGUCAUUUGCUGCUCUCUUCAAUGUGAACAAUCGAGGAACGAGGCUUGUCUGCAUGCACAUCCAGUAACAAUAACGCUAAAUCGACUGGUUUUAGCUUCACGCAAUCAACCAGCCCGAAGCUGUAUCUCUAACGACAUGAAGCGUUGGAGAUUUUUCCAGUAUUACAAUCACAAGGAGGUAUAUGUAUAUAAUUGUCUACUCAAUAAGUGAAUGUUGUACAUAAUACGGAGAAUCUGCUUCAGGCACUUGAUGUAUGGCUGGUCAACUAAAAAAAGCAUGCUAUUUUUUUGUAAACAAUUGACAACUGAAAUGUUGUUGGUUUUUUAAGAUGCAGUACACAACACAGGCUCAAUCAUGACAGUGAGUAUUACAGUAGUAAAAUAUUUGCAACUCGUGCCAUAUGCUCAUGAAGGUGAAGUCAUACCGCAAAGAAUACUGUAUAACACAUUUUGAUACCAUGCCAAGUAUAUGACCCAUUUGUAAAAGGUCAAACAAGUUCAAUGUGCUUUUAAGAUGAAUCUGUUACAUUCAGAUCAAGGUUUAGUCAAUCGAUUAUUUUCUGUGUAAAAGUAAAAAUAAUUGGGCACGUCCACAAAUGUACUGGUGCCUUCACUGAAAUAAUCAGCAUUUUUAACCUCACUACUGUGGUUAAUCUUUUUAACUCGUGCCUUUCCAGACAUUAAUUGGCUUUUAUUUUCUGGUGCCUUUAAUAAGAACAUUAAUGAUGACAUUAAAUUCUCCUCUCUGUGUCGGAUGCCGCCAAAGUGGACAACAUUUACGGAUUCUUUGUGGAUCUAAAUACAUGAAGCAUAUAGAUAUUUCAGAUGAAAUAGUGUUUAUGGGCAUGCUUCUUUUUGGGGGAUGACACAAAGUCUUUUUGGACAAUUGUAUAUGCUCUGUAAAUAAUCUUUAUUUUAUUGCUCUCAUUGUCUGCAGGUGCAUUGUUGAGAGUACUUUCUGCAAUCCAAUGUUUGUUUUAGUAUAUAUAUAAAUAUAUAUAUAUAUAUAUAUAUAUAUAUUUAUAUAUAUAUAAAUAAAUAUGUAUAACAUGCAUUUUUUUCUUGCUGUAUGACAGUAGUUUUUUUUCCCAUCUUUUAUUGUACAUUUGUAGAAAUAUUUUUCAUGCCCAUUUUCACGUUGUUAGACGAGUCACACCAGAAUGAUUGUAAGAGGUUUUCACAAAACAUGACGCAGUCCGUAGCUUAUUAUCUCUUGCCGGCCAACACUGGGGUCAAGAUCAGGCUACCUGUGAGCAAUACUGAGGCGGAACAACAACAAGAAAAGAUCCACGUUCUAUCUGGCUGCGCCAGGACAAUCAAUGCUCUGACCUCACUGUGAAUCAACUGCUGCCACAGACACACUUGGGGGAGGUAUUACUUGAACCUUGGAAAGCUUUUCAUAGGCCUUUUAAAAUCAAAGAGCAUCGUGACCGAAUGUUCCGAUUUAUAGGUACAAUCUCCUAAUUCACAUUAUGAAUGUUUGCCACCCGUGUCCACCGUUUGCAUUUCUUCUUUUCCCCCCAUUGGGUUUUUACCUUGCAGCCACACAUCUGCUCCGCCAACGUAUCUCAGGUCUUGUAAAAGUCUCCAUCCGUCUUUGUCUUAAAAUCAACUCGUUUGCAUGAUUUGAGCCAAGCUGCUGCCCGUGAUUGAGCGGUCCUAGUGUUUCGUUUAAAAAAAUAAUAAAUGGGAAAAAAAAUGUACAGAACCGCUCCUUUGUGAGCGAUGGAGGAGCACCGACCCAGUACUGACCACAGUGCAUCACGCACCCUGUGGAAUUAGGACUGAAACUAACAAAUUUGUAAUUGUACCCAUGUUUUUGUAUCCGUGGUGCUCUUUCAUGAUGUUGAAAAAUAAAAAUGUGAAAAACA